AUGGACUUAAGCAUGGUUCAACUAAUCCCGGCCUUAAGGUCACCACUCGAACGGGGCCGGCCCAAUAUACGCCCCGAGUUGGCGUUCUCCCUGGGAAAGGUUCUAAUCUUCGAAAUCGGUUCUCUCAUCUGUGCUGUCGCACCAUCAAGCACUGUCCUCAUCGUCGGACGAGCCAUUGCAGGCAUUGGCGUCGCGGGCAUCUUCUCUGGCGCCAUGGUCAUUAUUGCCGUCACCGUCCCGCUACCAAAGAGACCUCUCGUCUUUGGUGCAUUUGGUAUGGUCUGGGGCAUUGCCUCCAUCGCCGGACCGUUGCUUGGCGGCGCAUUCACAGAUGGCAUUACAUGGAGAUGGUGCUUCUAUAUUAACCUGCCCAUCGGCGGCCUUUCCAUCGCCGUUAUUCUCCUGGUCCUUCGCGUGCCCAACAAGAAUGAGUUCACUGGAACCUCUGUUUUGAGCAGAAUCAAGCAGCUGGAUCUCAUCGGUGCCAGUCUGCUCAUUCCAGCGAUCGUUUGUCUCCUGCUUGCCCUGCAGUGGGGAGGAAACAAAUACCCGUGGAACAAUUCUCGCAUUAUCGGACUAUUUGUCGGCUUCGGCCUGAUGAUUAUUCUCUUCGUCGCCUCGCAGCUCUAUCUCGGAGAAAAAGCGACGCUACCACCACAUAUUUUGAAGAAACGAACUGUCGCUGCGGCCUCAUUGUACGCCCUGUUCUUCGGUGGCGCGUUCUUCUUGCUGGUCUACUACGUGCCCAUCUACUUCCAGAGUGUCAAGGGAUCUUCAGCAAUGAAGUCGGGUAUCCAGCUUCUGCCGCUGAUGUUAGCGACCGUCGUUUCCUCCGUUGUCUUCGGUGGUUUGAUCACGGCUGUCGGAUACUACACACCAUUCUUGAUUGGCAGCACCGCAAUUGCCGCGAUUGGAACCGGCCUGAUCACCAUGUUUGAUGUCGACAUCUCCACCGGCAAGUGGAUCGGAUACCAGAUUGUUGUUGGAGCGGGCGUGGGUGCAGGAUUCCAAGUCCCCAUGACGGCCGUUCAAACCGUCCUGGCACCGGAGGAUAUCCCGGUCGGCACAGCGGCCGUGAUGUUCUUCCAGACUCUCGGUGGUGCUCUGUUCAUUGCCGUGGGUCAAUCUGUCUUCCAGAACGGAUUGAUCAGUGGGAUCUCCAAGUACACGACUGAUGUGAACCCUGUUGCCAUUGUUGGCGCCGGCGCCACUGAGAUGCGCAAGGUACUCGGCGACCUUGGUAAAUUGGACCAGCUGGAUGGCGUUAUCAAAGCCUACAUGAGCGGAUUGAGAGACUCGUACCGCGUGAGUCUGGCGCUCAUGAUUGUUGCGUUUGUGGCGAGUCUCUUCGUGGAGUGGAAAAGUGUGAAAAAGGCUGGCGAGAACAAAGAGGCAGCUGUUCCGGCGCUGUGA